CCCCGGAUCUGGUGUAUACUCGGAGCUCCCGGAAGGAAGCGUCUCAGCUCAGCUGAGGCCGGGGAGCAGCCCAGACGGAAGGAAUGUGUAAUGAGGCGCUCGGUGUCCCGGCUGGUGUUGCUCUGCUUGGUGUGUGGCUUCUGUUCGCUCCUGUACGCCCUCUCACAGAGGGGGAGCGGAGACACCGAGGCUCCUUCCCCCACCCUUCCGAGAGACACCGGCCGCUCACAUGCAGGAGACGAGCGGCUGCAGCUGGAAACUUUUGUGUUUCAUUCUGUCAGGUGUAAGAAUUUCUCUGUUUCUUUCUGGAAUCCCUAUUGGAUGCUGACCACUGGUGUGUGUGGAAAGGACUGCUUUUGGGAAGCUGCUUUUAGAUACAAUCUACCUGUAAAACAUGGAUUGGACACUAUGCACUUGGCAGUUGUGGCUUGCGGAGAUAGACUGGAAGAGACUAUUACAAUGCUGAAAUCUGCUCUUGUUUUUAGUAGAAAACCUCUUGAGUUUCACAUCUUUGCUGAAGACCAGUUGCACAAUGACUUCACCACAGUUCUCAACAGCUGGAGUACUGCAAAGAAAUUUAAAUAUAGUUUGUACCCUAUAUCCUUUCCACCGGAAAAUGCAGCCGAAUGGAGAAAACUCUUCAAGCCCUGUGCAUCACAAAGAUUGUUUCUGCCGUUAUUACUAAAGAAUGUGGAUUCGUUAUUGUAUGUCGAUACAGACAUACUGUUCUUGCGUCCUAUGGAUGAUAUUUGGUCUUUGCUGGAUGAGUUCAAUUCUACUCAGAUUGCUGCUAUGGCCCCUGAGCAUGAAGAGCCACGCAUAGGGUGGUAUAACCGCUUUGCUCGGCAUCCCUAUUAUGGAAAGACUGGCAUUAAUUCUGGAGUCAUGUUAAUGAACAUGACUCGUAUACGAAUGAAACACUUUAAGAAUGAUAUGACAACGGUUCGUCUGAAUUGGGGAGAAAUCCUUAUGCCACUACUGAAAAAAUACAAGUUGAAUAUAACUUGGGGGGAUCAAGAUCUGCUCAAUAUUAUCUUCUCUCACAACUCAGAAAGCCUUUAUGUCUUCCCGUGUCAGUGGAAUUACCGUCCUGAUCACUGCAUCUAUGGAAGUAAUUGUAAAGGAGCUGAAGAUGGUAUUUUUAUUCUACAUGGGAACAGAGGAGUAUACCAUGACGAUAAACAGCCAGCAUUUAGAGCUGUGUAUGAAGCACUACGCAAUUAUUCCUUUGGAGAUGACCUCAUCCGCUCUGUAUUAUAUCCUUUAGAACUGGAAUUGCAGAAAACAGUGCACACGUACUGUGGCAAGAUAUACAAACUGUUCACUAGACAGCUGACAAAAAGCAUUGAUGACUUUUAUGCACAGAGAUCAAAUGCAAGGUGAUGCUUUAGGCAGAGCUGUAUUAUGUGUGGACUAAAUGGAAUUGCACAAAGAACAGAACGGCAGCAAUCAUAUGCUUCUGUUCAGAGGAAGCACUACAUGCUGUGUACAGUUUUACUGGAAACCAUUGUGUCGGGCCAUCAAAAUGAACAAACGCUUUCAACAUAUCCUUGUGUUUUCAUAAUAUAGUACAGAUAGCAAGAUAUGUUGUACAUUUAAGUGUAAAUAAUCUUUACUAUUUCCUGUAGCUUGUAUUCAAGCCAAAUAAAAGGUAUUGAUUGUGUUUGAGGAAAGAAAGAAAAUGAAAAAGAUUCUACUUGUAUCAAACCGCAGCUGUUUAACACCUUAUUUUACUACAGUACUGUUGUGUGACAUUUUUUU